CUUCAUCCAUCAUGGCGUCGCGCGGCAGAAAAAGAGCGGACGUGGUGGAGCAAGAAGACGUGCUACAGGCUGUCAUCAUCGCCGACAGCUUUGAUGUCAGGUUUGCACCCAUCACGAAGGACGUACCACGGGCCCUGAUGCCGGUAGCCAACAGACCCCUGCUGGAGUACACACUACACUUCCUGGUGGCUGCAGGGAUACAGGAGAUCUGUGUCUUCUGUUGUUCUCAUGCUAACAAGAUUGUCCAAUAUCUCAGUGAUGCAGGUUGGACCAGUGAUGCAGCACCGUGCCAGGUGACAACACAGGUGUCAGAAGACAGUCUGUCACCUGGAGAUGCUCUCAGGUUGAUCUAUGACCGCUCCCUGAUCAGGACAGACUUUGUGUUAGUUAUGGGAGACCUCGUAUCCACCAUCAACUUACAGCCAAUCAUACAGCAGCAUAAACAGCGUAGGUUGAAGGACAAAGUGACAGUGAUGACCAUGGUGUUCAGGGAGGCCGCACCGAGGCAUCAUACCAGGAGUUCAGAUGAUGAUGUGGUGUUGGUGACAGAGAAGGACACUGACCGAGUACUUCAUUAUCAGAUGGUAGAAGGACAGAGCAAGUUAGACCUGCCACUGGAUCUGUUUUCUGAUCACAGUGACUUGGACAUCAGGUACAACCUCCUGGACUGCCAUGUCAGCGUGUGCUCACCACAGGUUCCACAGCUUUUUGCUGACAACUUUGACUACCAAACUCGCAACGACUUUGUACGAGGAAUUCUAGUCCAUGAAGAGAUCAUGGGGAACCAGGUCCACGCUCAUGUGGUGACUGAUGAGUAUGCAGCCAGGGUGUCCAGCCCACACAUGUAUGAUGCUGUCAGUAAGGACAUUCUUCAAAGAUGGACAUAUCCACUGGUGCCGGAUAACAGACUGUCUUCCCAGGAACAGGACAGCUCCUACACACUCCAUCGCCACCAUGUGUACAGGGGCAGGGACGUCUUUUUGGACCAUGACAGUGUCCUGGAGGAGAAUGUGGUGAUCGGGCCGGGGACUAGGAUCGGCAGUAACACCACCAUUAGUAACUCUGUCAUCGGCAGGAACUGUGUCAUUGGGGACCAUGUAAGACUGGAGGGAGUGUACUUGUGGGACAAUGUGUCCAUUGGUUCAGCUUGUUCACUCACACAGUGUAUAGUGUGCAGUGGAGUCACCAUUGCUAACGGAGUGGUGGUAGAGCCUUCAUGUGUUCUCUCCUUUGAUGUUGUGGUGGGUCCUGAUGUACAGCUCCCAGCAGGCACCAGGGUUAGUCUCCAUCCAAACCAGACACAAGCUGCUGAGGACGACUUUCAGGAGCCAACAGAGACCAUCCAACACCACACCUACCAACCGGACAGGAUUGGUACUGAUGGGAAGGGCUACAUCUGGGAACAAGAUGAAGAUGAGGACAGUUUGGUGACGUCCAUGUGGGGCCUGAGGCUGGACCAGGAGGAGUCCAGCAGUGAGGAGUCUGAGGAGUCUGCUGAGGAAGAAGAUGACAUGGACCAGGAAACUUCACCACCUCUGGAUGACAUGAGGAUAUUCUACACAGAGGUGCUGGACAGCAUGCAGCGAGCAAUUGAAGAGAACAUCAAUGCAGACAACUUGAUCCUAGAGAUCAACUCCUCCAAGUAUGCGUACAACAUCAGCAUGCAGGAGCUGAACGUGUGUGUGGUGAGAUGUGUGCUGGAGGUGGCUCAUCUCAGGGCAACUCUCAUGGCUACUGCAGCUGAGUAUCUGGCCGCCCUCAAACCUCUUCUGCAACCAAUGAAGGGUCUCCUGAAGAACUACAUCCGUAACUCAGAUUCACAACAGGACUGCCUGCUGGCUGUAGAGGAGUACUUUGGCACCCACCUAAACAUCUCUGCAGUUCUGGUGACUUUGCUGAAUUUUCUGUACAACGAGGACAUUUUAGAAGAAGACAGUAUACUGAAGUGGUACAGACAUCCAGCACCGUCCAGCUCACUUCCACAGAAGGCACAGCAACAAGUCCGAGCUGCAGCUGCCAAGUUUAUCCAGUGGCUGCAGGAGGCAGAGGAGGAGUCUGAGGAGGACUCGGACUGAACAACUCCAGCUGGAACAUUUACACUAUGACCCUGUUCACACUCAAAAAAUGAGUCAUUGAGCAUUGGCUGAACAUUCACACUAUGACCCUGUUCACACUCAAAAAUGAGUCAUUGAGCAUUGGCUGAACAUUCACACUAUGACCCCGUUCACACUCAAAAAAUGAAUCAGUUUGAGCAUUAAAUCCUUUCAGAUAUUAUCUACAUCCGAAUCGACAAAUGCAUUACUCUUCGUCGAUCAAAAUUGCGUCUGCUAAAUGAAUUGAGGAACAGAAUGAUAUGACAUAUGACUAGAGCCCACCAUGUUGACUAUGGAGCCACCGCAACUCUGCGCCAUAAACUUGCCAAAGAAAGGAGCAGAAGUCGCAUGUACAGUGCUGAAUCAUAGUGGAAAUACAGGGACACCUCUUUGAACAUGUUUGCAGUGGUGGAUUUAGCUCCCAUUGCACAGGGCUGAUAUUUUACCGGCUGUAACAUUUGCAAAAAAGAAUCAAAGCCAGCACAAGCGUCUUGAACUAUACCACCUCGAAGGGGUUACUUUAGAAUCAUUUCAGAGAAAAUCUAUCCAAUUUAGAGCGUUCACACUGCAGAAAAGGAAUUUGGUUAAAUGAAUUCUGAAAUGAAAUUGACGUUCAAACUGAAUAAUUUUUUUAGAAGUAAACAGGGUCUACAGGUCAAACCCAUUGCUCUUAUAAAGGUGAAGGGGAUAUCUAGAGUAGUGUAAUAAUGGCAUAGGAAUGAAGUGUCCUGGUUACAUAGUACAUGCUGAUAUUUGAAAUCCCAUAGUGCUUAUAUAAUGUCAAUGACCAAGCAACAUGCUCAAUAAUUCUACUCUACAAGCAGAUUUUAAGGAUAUGGCUUAGUCUUAGUGUUGAGUGUGUGAAGUUGUGCAACAUUCAGUUCAUCUUUCUCACUAAUGACUUUCUAGUUCAAUGUGCACAUUUCCAACUUAACACCAGCUACU